GAAGCAGCCGGAGGGAGUGCCAGAGGACUGCAGGCCACGCCACAGAGCCCCCUCCAGCCCAGCAGCCAUGGGGCCAGCCCACCUGGCUCCCUUCCUCGUGGGGCUCCUGUCCCUCAGCUGCACCGGGGCUGCUCCACUUCAGGGCCAGGGUCCUCUGGUCAUCACCUUCCCUGGGGAACUGCUCCGGAACAUGACAGACAGGCAGCUGGCAGAGAACUACCUGCUGCGCUUUGGGUACUUGAAGGAGUCGCACUCGGAGCAGCUGGGCAGCCAGGUGACGCUGAGCCGCGAGGCGCUCCGGAGGAUGCAGAGGCAGCUGGGCCUGCCGGAGACGGGGCUGCUGGACGCCUCCACCAUGGCGGCCGUGCGGGCUCCCCGCUGCGGAGUGCCCGACCUCGGCCAGUUCCAGACCUUCGAGGGGAACCUCAAAUGGGACCACACCGACCUCACCUACCGAGUGGUGAAUUACUCCCCGGACUUGGAUGCCUCCAUCAUCGAGGACGCCUUUGUCCGGGCCUUCAAGGUGUGGAGCGAUGUGACACCCCUCACCUUUGCCCGCCGGGAGAGUGGGGAGGUGGACAUCCUGAUCCAGUUUGGAACGGAAGAACACGGAGAUGGCUACCCCUUCGAUGGCAAGGAUGGCCUCCUGGCCCAUGCCUUCCCUCCUGGCAAGGAAGGAUUUGGUGGGGACGCCCACUUUGACGAUGACGAAUUCUGGACUCUGGGCACAGGAAUUGUGGUGAAGACCUACUACGGGAACGCCAAGGGGGCCACCUGCCACUUCCCCUUCGUCUUCGAGGGGAAGUCCUACUCCACCUGCACUGCCGAGGGCCGCCAAGACGGGCUGACCUGGUGUUCCACCACAGCCAACUACGACAAGGACAAGCUCUAUGGAUUCUGCCCCAACGAGCUCCUCUUCACGUACGGUGGGAACAGCAAGGGCGAGAAGUGUGUCUUCCCUUUCGUCUUUGACGGCAAGACCUACGAGGGCUGCACCACCGAAGGGCGCCAAGACGGCUACCGCUGGUGCGCCACGACCAGCAACUUUGACCGCGACAAGAAAUACGGCUUCUGCCCCAACAGAGACACCGCGGUGAUUGCAGGGAACUCGGUGGGGGAGUCCUGUGCCUUCCCCUUCACCUUCCAGGGCCAGAGCUACUCCGCCUGCACCGCCGACGGGCGCCAAGACGGGAAACUCUGGUGUGCCACCACCAGCAACUACGACACGGACAAGAAGUGGGGCCUCUGCCCUGACCAAGGCUACAGCCUUUUCCUGGUCGCUGCCCACGAGUUUGGCCACUCCCUGGGCCUGGAGCACUCCACCGUGCGGGAUGCGCUCAUGUACCCGAUGUACACCUACCUGGAGGAUUUCCGCCUGCAUUCAGAUGAUAUCGCUGGAAUCCAGCACCUCUAUGGUGCCGGAACAGGCCCCGGAGUGACCACUCAGAGCCCCGACAUCCCCGACUGGACCACCACGGAGGCGGAGGGCUCGUCUUCCACCGGGGAGGAGGGCAGCACCCCGGCCACGCAGUCCACCCCCUUCAGGCCGGUGGGUGACGCCUGCCAAGUUCAAGGCUAUGACUCCGUGAGCGAGAUCAAGAAGGAGUUGUUUCUCUUCAAGGACGGGCAAUACUGGAAGCGGGCUUCCUCCAAGGCUGGGGCCCCCGAGGGCCCCUUCAGGAUCCAGGACACCUGGCCGGCCCUCCCAGACCACAUCCAGGCGGCCUUCCAGGACCCGGCGAGCAAGAAGGUCUUCUUCUUCUCUGGCCAGCGCUUCUGGGUGUACCAGGGGGCAAGAGCCAGGGGGCCGCGGAGCCUUGAGAAGCUGGGCAUUGGCAAAGACGUCCAGAAGCUGACCGGUGCUGUCCAGCGCAGAAACAGCAAAGUGCUGCUCUUCAGUGGGGAGCAGUUCUGGAGGGUGGAUGUGAAGGCCGAGCGGGUAGACCCAGGCUAUCCUCGCCCCCUCGACAGCGUCUUUCCUGGGGUCCCCCUGGACUCUCAGAAUAUCUUCCUGCACAAAGGCAAGUACCACUUCUGCAGGGACCCCUUCUGCUGGCAAAUGAACUCCCACCACCAAGUGGACAAAGUGGGCUACCUGAAGUAUGAUGUCCUGAAGUGCCCGGAGGAGUAGAGCCCGGAGCCGCUGGAGCCCCUCCCCCGCCGGGAUCCCACCCCCCACCCCCGCCCGGCUGUGCUGCAGCUCUGGGGAUUCAUGGCAGUUGCUGCAGCUUCAGCCCCUGCCUGGGCCAGCGUGUGGAGCCGGCCAUGAGCCAAGGAGGGAUGUUUGCCCAGGUGGAUGCUGGCGUUCUGCUCAACUGGGGCAGAAAACGGACUCUCUGUGCCCCCAGGGCACCUUUGCCCCCUGCCUUCCUGAGCCCCACCUCUUGCUGCAGAAGGCUGCCACUGCCUGGGCCAUUCUCUGGGACUGCUGUGCGUGUGCGUGGCGGCAGGACAUUCCGCGUGGCUACCCCCGGGAGCUGUGGGCAAGGAAGAGGAGGCUGCCUGCAGCCACAGAUGCCCCCUCCCCCCCCCUCAUGUGGCAGCUUUGGCAUCUUUGCACUUUCGUAAUAAAGACAACCUUGGGCCCAG